UGCUGACCGCAGCGAGCGCUGGACAUUCGAAGUUAGAAGAAGCGAAAGAUAAAGGGAGAGAGUGUUCGUGUCGAUCGAUCGUGUUGUUCUGCAGCUGGAAUCUCGAACUUCGACACCCCACAGCUCUUCAUCAUCAGCAGCAAGCGCGCCAUCAUCAUCAUGUUUAUCGACGAGAACCUUGACUUCGACAUUGUCGAGUGCACCAGCCGCUUUACACUCAACUCGGCUGGUCGUUCACCGGCAACGCGACGGGCGGAACAGCGUCAGCGCAGCGUUCAGCGACGGGCGCGCGCCAACCCACUGCGGAUGAUUCACGACGAUGGUAAACUGUUCGGAUCCCCGUCGAAGGAAGCGCUACCCUCGGAGGAGCUGUCCUUCUACCAGAGCCACAGCCCUCAGCAAAGCCCCCGACCAUGCAGUCCCUGUACCAUCUGCCCGGAGGAGGACGCAUUGAUGGGGGAACUGCUACCAUCGGAGAGCAAUACGCCCAACAAGCAUCAACCGAUCCUCCAACAUGUCGUCGUGGCCGUAGUGGAUGGGGAUGCAAAUCGAAGCACCAACACCACCACCCUCACCUCCUCCUCUACGAGCACAACAUCGACUGCAGUAUCUGCAUCGGCCAUCGGCGUCCUGGGGUACAAUCGUGUACGGCGGCCACUGGAAGAUCAUGAUACGAACUCGAUGGAUUCGGGAUACGGUGCGAGCGUGCUGAACGAUGGUGGUGUUCUCGGAUCAUCGCUAGGGGGAACCGGAAUCACCGGAGUAGGAGGAGGAGCGUCCGCGGGUCUGAUGAAGGGCCAUUCGAUGUUCCGGUUUGCGACCUCCUCGUCCAGUGGCAGCAUGUCACGCCACAGCUCUUCAUCGCCUUCAUCGCGCCGACUGCUCAGUAGUCUGUCGUCCGGUUCCAUGGAAUCGAUGGACGAUCUGGAGCUGUUCGAUAUGGAAGCGAUGCAGGAUGAGGAGCUGAGCAGCGGACGGUUGCAGCAGCAGCACCAGCAGCAAAAGCAACACUUUCUGCACCAGCAAUCGGCUCAGCAGCAUCAGCAGCAACAGCAGCAGCUACCGGAGGCUGGUGGAAUGUUGCUGCCCAGUGGGCUAAACACGUUGAUCUGUGGUACGAUCAAGACGACGAAAACGAUGACUACGCCGGAGCUGAAGCGCCCGUUUGUGCGCCGCUGCCUUAGCCUCACCGAGAACACGAACAACAAGCUGAACAACAUGCAAUCCGGCACCGGUAACCCCGCCGCUGGCACUAACCACCCGCUCAUCCCGUCGCUCAUCAUCGGUACACCGACGCAGAUGAAAACGCCGGAGCAGCGAUUCGGUCGUCGGUUGAUCGCGAUCGAAGAUCAGGAAAAUUGCAAUCUAACCCCGUUCUCGUCGCGAUCGACCACGACGGAGGGCAUGGCACGGUGCUUCAAGCGCCCGGAACCACCCGGUGUCAGUCCGGUGCAGAGUAAACGGUGCAAAACGAUCGACGGUUCGCCGAAGCUUGCCCUCAGCAGCGUACUGGACAGCCCAUCGCGUACCACUGUGCCAGUGGUGAUGCUGAAGAAACCCGUCUACCAGAAGUCGAUCUCGAUGAACGAUGCGCAGAUCAUGAGUGCACUGUCGCGAUCCUCCUCCGAACCGGAUCUGAUCGGGGACUUUAGCAAAUCCUACGUGCUACCGCUGAUGGAGGGUCAGCAUCGGGAUUUGAAGUCGAUUUCCGGCGAUACGAUGGCACGGUUAUUGCGCGGUGAGUUCCGCGAUAAGGUGGCGAGCUUCAAAAUCAUCGACUGCCGGUACCCGUACGAGUUCGACGGGGGUCAUAUACGGGGCGCGAAGAAUCUCUACACCCAGGAGCAGAUCAUUGAGGAGCUGAUCAACGGCAACAAAACGGAAUCGGCAAACGGAAGCAGCACGACUGAUGGCGGUCAGCAGGAUGGUUCGGCGACCGGCGUACGGCGCAACAUUAUCGUCUUUCACUGCGAGUUUUCCUCCGAGCGUGGACCAAAACUAUCACGCUUUCUGCGCAACCACGAUCGCAUCAUAAACUCGGACAGCUAUCCCGCCCUGCACUAUCCCGAAAUCUAUCUCCUGCACGGUGGUUACAAAGAGUUCUUCAAGGCGCACGCCACGUUAUGCGAUCCGAUCGCCUACCGGCCGAUGCUAGAUCCCGAGUUCGGUGACGCUUACCGGCAUUUCCGCGCCAAGUCGCGUAGCUGGAGUGGGGACGGUUCGACGUGCACGGUAAAAGCAACAAAAACCCGUUCACGGCUCGUCCUGUGAGUGAAUCUCUCUGUGUGUGCUAAGACUCCUCCUGCCAGCUAAGCUGCUGUUGCUGCUGCUGUUCACGCCGCAACCACCACCGUGAUCAUGAUCGACCGUAAGCUACAAACACUCCUCCUUCCCGUUCCUGCUGGGGAGGGGGAUUGGGUGAAAAACAGUUCUGCAAUAGUUCAACUUACUGCUUACUUCUAAGGAUCAACGCACAGUCCCUACAAACGUCGUAGCCCUUUUGCCCCCGGAUGUAGAAACCAUAGCCAUUGUUCUUGUUAUAUUUUUAAAUUGCUAUAUAUUAUAAUUUCCUUCAUAAAAAGACGUAUAUGUGCGCGGGCAAUGCGUGCAUCCGAAGCGUGUCAGGAUCAGAAUCGUAGCAUCUUACAACUGUUGAUUAGCGCUAUUGAAACGCAAGGAAACAAACAUCUGGUGUCAUGACUGAUCUUUCCCAAUCCACGUGUACACGCGCAUUCGUUUCAGUGGAGUGUCUAUUUUUUAUGUUUCCGUUUGUUAUGAAUGUAUAAUUUUUAUCUGUGAUUUAGGAAUUGCGUUUAUUUUUGGUUUUUUUUUUCCUUCACCUUAAACUGAAUUCUACCCCAGAGCAAGCCACAGAAAUAGGACGCAAUACCGAACGAUCACACAGCGGAAAGAGGGAGGUUUAGCGGUAAAUUGCACAAAAAAAAAACGAAGCUCAGCACAGCACUAGGGCAGAGAACAGUUUGAACUAUAACAGACAGAUAAUUACCAGUCAAAGCUUUACUUUAGCCUGUGGACUCGCCGUCGAAUGGUCCGAACACUCGUACGAAUUGCUACUGAAUCAGUUUCGUAAGAAAGUGCAAAUUAGAUAGUUAUUUGAGAAGUGAAAAGAUAGAAUUUUUGGAUGCAGCUACAGCUUUCUUGUGAAAUGCGACGAACGCAAAAGAGGAAAUACGCAGAGCCAAACUGUGCACCAGCAACCAUCAUCAGCAAAGCGUGUGACUUUGACUUUUGUUCAUUCGUUCUUCCGAGGCUAGUACGCGCAGAGAACAGGAGGAGGGGUCAUGCACUGUCCAAGACAUGAGGCGACCCCAGGAACAAGAGACGAUGAUGAGG